GAAACCCAACUUUUGAAUGUCAGUAACAAUCUUUAAUUAAGUAACUACUGACCCAACAAAACAUGCAGGCCAAAUGUAGCUUUCAGGUUACCAGCUGCUGAUCUUCUAUGCCAAGUGAGAAGGCAGAGGGCCUCAGAGCUUCAGCAGGAGAUGAGCCAAGCACCAACUGCCUCACCAGCCCUGAGCCAAGGCUGAGGUUAGAACCAGACAGGCCCCAGACCUUCUGCAAACUCCUCCACCUAGGCCUUCAAACCUAUAAGUAUGUGCUGAGCAUACAUAUCCUAUGUGCCUACCUGUCGUUGGCUAUGCAUAGAGAAGAAUAUUAAUUUACUGGAUGUACUAAAAGCCUUCUUAGUCUGGAUUCUCUGGGGUAAAUCUGAAAAGACAUAGAGGCUGGGUGUGGUGGCUAAUGCCUGUAAUCCCAAUACUUUGGGAAGCUGAGAUGGAAGGAUCACUGAUCAAGAUCAGCCUGGGCAACACGGUGAGACCCUCAUCUCUACGAAAGAAAAAAAAUUAGCUGAGCAUGCUGCCUCAUGUCUGUAAUCCCUGCCACUCCAGAGACUGAGGCAAGAAGAUCUCUUGAGCCCAGGGGUUUGAGGUUAUAGUGAGCUAUGAUCACACCACUGCAUUCCAGCCUGGAAGAUAGGAUGGGAUCCUGUCUCGGGCAGGUGGGGAAGGUGUAAGCAGUGGCUUCUACGUAGGUCCAAACACAGUGAGCCUGGAGCAUGAGAGCAUGAUAGGCAGAACAUUUACAGGAAAACUUACAGCAAGUAUGUGCUCUGAGACUUCAGGGUGAGGAGGAGCUUGCCAGGCAGAUACGAAAAGGAACAGCAGGUACGAAGGCAUGCAAGCUUGAGAACUGCCAGUAGUUUCUCGUUCCACAGUAUAUAGAGUAUGAUGUGGGGAGCGGUAGAUGAGGAUGAACCAGCAGGCAUGGACCAGAUCCUACUGUGCUGUGCUCAGAAGCUUACACAUGGAAUCAUGCUGAGGCAGUUUGGUUUUGUUUUUUUUAAUAGAAACAGGGUCUUACUGUGCUUCCCACCCUGAUCUCAAAACAUGGCCACCAGCAAUCCUCCUCCCUCAACCUCCCAAAGUGCUGAGAUUGUAGGCAUGAGCCACCAUGCCCGGCCAGACUGCAGAUGUUUUAGCAGAUUGAAUGUGAUCCUGUCUGCAUUUUGGGAAGAUGAUGCACUGCAAGAGGAAUGGCUGAGCCAGGGAGCUGAAAGAGGAGGUGCUAAGUCUAAGCCAAUGGCAAUGAGGAUGGAGAAGAUAGAGGUAGUAUUUAAUAGGACUUGGUGAUUAAUUGGAAGUGAAGAGGAAUAAAGAAAAGGGUGGGUAAGACCAAGGCUGACUCCCAGAUUCUUGCUCUGGGAGCCACUGAGUGGACAGUGAGGCAUCCACUGUCACUGGGAACACUGGGACAGACACAGAUUUGUGCAUACCAUACACAACUCAGCUUGGUAAAUGGUGAAUUUGUGUUGCUCAUGGAAUAGCCAAGGGGUAGUUGCUUUUUGUGGUCUGGAGCUCAGAGAGAGUCUGGGCUAGUGACCGAUUUGGGAAUUGUCAGUAGAGAGGGUCCCUGAAGUCAUAGAAGGGACUGAGAUCAUCUGGGGAAGUGAAAAGAGAAGGGAAAGGUCCCAAAGAAAGUGAUAGCCACCCAUGGUCCCUGCUGUCAAGAUGCUCUCCCUCUCCUAGUGGAGAAGUCAAACCCUGCAAAGUUUCCUAAUACAAGGCAGACAGAAUUCUGUGCUUAAAUGAGAUAACAGAGUUCUGGCUUGCUCUUGGUAUUUCAGCGGAGUCGGGGAAAGGGGGAUCUGAGCUGCAGUUGUGAGAUCUAACCACGAGAUGGCGCCUUGGCACCUCCUUGUGCCAGAUUUCCCCACCCUGCAAACACAGCCUAACCUGGAGCAGGAGGUGAUCAAAGGCUGGGAGAAGGGUGGCUGUUUCAACAAUUAAGGAGGCAGAUCGGAGUUUUUUAUUAACAUCAAAUCCAAAUGCAAGGUCACCUUUUGAAAAGAGAGGGAGCCUGGGAGAAGAGCAAUAUGCCAAGUAUGUCAAAUGAGAGUCCACGUAUGUUUGAGCAUGCACCCCUAUGUUCCUAUGUGUACUUGUCAAUAUAUGUCCUCUGCCUCUAUAUGUACUUGUGUUUCCCAUGAAUGUCUCUGUGCAUGUUGUGUGCCCUAUGUUCCCAAGGCCGUCUGCAUGUGUACCCCAGUGCAUCCCAGGGCCUCUCCACAUGUGUGCAUGUGUCCCAGGGAGCAGACAACCAGAAAUCUCUACCUCCACGCCUCAGAAAGUGAGGAGUCCCUUGGCGCUGAAAGAAGUGGUCCACAGAGUCUGAAACCAAGGGACUCUGACAUUUUAGGGAGCCUCAAAGCAGCAGCAGACCAUGAAGAAUAUCCCUCUCCCCAGUAGCCAUAAUCAAAAUCAUUCAUUUAUCAGAUGAUCUCUUCAGAUUACACCCAGGUUCUGUGUGUAGCUACCCAGGGUCAUGUUCACAUAAGCCUUCCGAAAGGAUCACUUGAAAGGCCAAUUUAUUCAUAACGUCAUCUUUGAUUUACCAUUUACAGUAUUUAAUAAGCAUUCAUUGAUUACCUGUCAUGUACUCAGCACAAUGCUAGACACAUUUUCUGUUUCUCUUUUAAUCUUGUGAAGCAGGUCCUGAAAGAGGAAAAGUACAUUAGUCACAACUGCAGAGUCUGGAAUGUUCAUUAGAAUGUUCUGGUCUUUUUUUUUUUUCCUGAAGAUGGGUCAUGGUGUGCCCUAGGAAAGUUUUCAGCAGGGAGGUAACAUGAUCUUGUCCCUCUUGUUGCUGAAUGGAAUUGAAAAUGGAUCAGAACAGGUAUGAAUAAAGUAAGGAGACCAGUUAGAGAGUUGUUGCAAUGCCUAGAUAGUGGUUCUUAAAGCUUAGUGUGCCUCUGAGCCACCUUAAGGACUUGUUAAUAACAGAGGUUGCUGGGCUUCACCCCCAGAGUUACUGACAGGAGGUCGUGAGUGGGAUCCGAGAAUUGGGACUUCUAGCAAGCUCCCAGAUAGUGUUGGUGAUGCUGGUCCAGGAACCACAAUUUGUCUAUGUUGCCUAGGCUUGUCUCAAACUCCUGGGCUCAAGGGACCAUUUGAGAGCCAUUGGUCUAUGAGUAAGAGUAAGGUAGUUUAAGGUGCUGGGACAGGGGUACCAUGUGCCCUCUGGGAUACCCACCUCAAUUCUCCACCACAUACCUUCUGAGGGUGGAUGUUCAAGGGUUAGAAAUGGCAACACUCCGUAAGGAUUAACUUGUGGGGGUUAAGGAAAGGAUGCAGACUCUUCUGGGAUGACUAGCAAGUUUUGCACUUGAAGGAUGGUGGUGUCAUUUAUGAAACUACAGAGCAUAGGAGAAGCAGGUUGGGGUUGGUGAUUGGGAUGGAGGAGAGGCUGAGUUCAGUGUUGGACAUGGAAAAUUUCAGAUAGCUGCAAUGAGAUGCCUGGAGAAAAUAUGCAACUGGCAGCUGUGUCUAUGGGUUUGGAUCUCUCACUAGAGUUCUGGGCCAGAGAUAGGACACUUGGGAGAUAACAGCAGACAGCUAGUCAUUAAAGACUGGGGCCGGGCGUGGUGGCUCAUGCCUGUAAUCCCAGCACUUUGGAAGGCUGAGGCAGGCUAUAACUUGAGGUCAGGAGUUUAAGACCAGCCUGGUCAAAAUGGUGAAACCCCCGUCUCUACUAAAAAUACAAAAAUUAGCUGGGUGUUGUGGUGUGCACAUGUAAUCCCAGUUAAUCAGAAAACUGAGGCGUGAGAAUUGCUCGAACCCGGGAGGUGGAUGCUGCAGUGAGCCAAGAUCACCCCAUUGCACUCCAGCCCAGGCAACAGAGUCUCUGUAUCAAAAAAAAAAAAAAAAAGACUUGAGAGGGGAUGAGCUCACUCAUAAAGAGUGUAGAUAGGAAGAAAAAGCAGAAGCUUCUCCGCUGAGAAAGAAUUACUGACAUUAAGCACAUAGGUGAAAAGAGACAGUAAAGAAGACAAAUGAUCAGAGUAGGAGAGUGAGGCAAGAAGGGGCUAACACAAGCUGUAAGAAGUAGAGUGGGGAAACCCAACGAAGCCACAGACAGGCAGGGCGUCCCAUCACUCUGGCCUUCCCAAGCUGCUGGAGAGAGCAGGGCCAUGGGCAUCAUCUUCUUCACUGCUCCUAGACUUCUCCCAAAGGAGUUCACCAACUUCUAUUCAUGCACUGACACCUGUCCUGGAGCUUGACUUCUGAUGUUCUGUGGCUGAGGCUGAGGGUGGGAGGAAGGGGGUGUUGCCACAGACUCCCUCAUAUAUAGAUACACACAAACACACUCGUGAUCUCUGACCUGUCUUGAGCAGGAAGGUUGCAGAGAGCUUUCAAAUUCUGCUUCAUCCACCACCCUCACUGGCAGUUCCAGACUUCGGAAAGUUCUUAAUGAUGAAUCUUUGGCUUCUAGCCUCCUUCUUUCUCCAUCGCUCCCCUGGCUGAGAUCAUCCAGCCCUGAGCUCUGGACCUGUCAUGCAUCUUCUGGGACACUCACUUGGAAUCAUACUUUCCAUGAGUUAAUGGUGUCACUAUCACCUCCUCUAUAUCAAUAAUUUUACUUUAAUCUCAUUUACUACUUUACUAGAAAUGAACCAAAAAAACAACUAGUCCUCUCUGCCUUCCUCUCCUUUUUUAUUGGUGUUUUGGAAGUUGCAGAAACUGAGAUCACAGAGGAAAUGGGACGUAGCUAGGCUCACGCAGUCACUCGGAGUUAGGACUAAACCUAAGCCCCUGAGUCUGAGGCAGUAGAUAAUAGCGAUUCUGAGCAGAGAGGAGCCAGGGGCUGAUUACCCCAGCUCUACCACUUAACUUAGCUGCUUGACCUUGGGCAAGACAUUUAACCUCACCCCUCCCCUGAAAAUGGGGAUGAUAUGGGUAUCUCUCUCAUAGAGCUGCUGUGAGGGUUAAAUAAUCCAAAAUUUGUGAAGCACUUUGCACAGAGGCUGUCACAUUCUGUAAUAAGUCUGCUGUGAUUAUUUCUACUUUGCCCUGGUCUACACAUCUUCUUGCUUUUAGAAACAUCUUUCUUCUUUCUUAAUUCCCAUUCUCCUUAGCAUUUCCCUCUCAUUUGUUCAUCUUUAAUCCCUGUCUCUGCUUCUCAGGAGGGGAAGGUUGGGUUUGUUGCCUGACAGCCAGGGAGUGCCUGCCAUGGUAACACAAAAACAUGUAGCCUGCGCAUGUUAGUGUAACAAUCACACAGCACCCCCGUGAGUUACAGUCACUCAACAGUCUCUGGGUAUCUCAAGACCACACUCAAUCAGCCCAGGCCCCUGUGGCUUCAGAAACACCUUGGCUCCUGGUCAGGUGGAGCUUAUACUGAAACCUAUCCCAGGCAACUUUGUCUGGCCAGCUUGUGUCUCCAACUGUCUCAGAGCCUGGCUUGGCAUUGGAAGUUUUCAGCCCAGGAAGCGUGAGUGAAGUGGGCACCUUAGAGGGAUUUUAAUCCAUUCAGGAGAGACUGUGAUGGUAGCCCCCCUACACACACACACAAACACUGACACACAUGUGCACAUGAGCAGAUAGGCUUGAGUCUGCAGCUCACAAACUUCUUCCACGUUCAUAAUUGCCCCCUCAUCCAAAGUCUCUUGAGGUUCUUAGACAAAGGAUUGAUACCUAUUUUACAGAGGAAGCUGAGGCCAGCAAAGAAUAGUGCUUUGCUUAAAGGAAAGGAUGUGAUAGAGCCGAGCAAAUGUAGGGCCCCUGCGUCCCAGCCACGAAUCUUUCUGUUUCACUGCAGCUGCGAGCUGCCAGCCCAGAAGGCGGCUCACAUCAACGUGAGCUAAUUCACGCCCCACUACCCACCCUACCCGAUCCCACCGCCAAAGCCACCGCUUCCCCUUUGGUGGCCGCUGGGGAAAAGGGAGAGAACUGCCAUAGCUUGUCUCUUUAAUGCGCGCCCCCGGAGGCCCGGCGCGCCCCCGCCACUAUAACUGGAGUGCAUGGAGCAGGCUUAGCUCAGAGGAGGAAGGGCGGGCGCUGGGCACCCAUUGACCGACUUUUCUAAGUGCCAUCAGUGCCCGUCUGUCCCGCCUCCAUGGACCCGUCCGGGGACGGCCACAGCUGAGGACCCCACGCCCAUUAGGAUACCGGCUGGGUCGCACCCAAGCUACCCGCACCGCGACCCCCGCCGGCUGUGCCGGCUUCCCGCGCCUUUGCCCGCAUCUCUUGCCGUCGGGCCAGGGCUCUGCCGCCGUCACGCCUCGAGCUCCGCGCUCACCGCCCGAUGCUGGUGCACCCCUACUCCACCAUGGAGCGCCCUGAGGGGCUGGGCGCAGCGGCUGGCGGGGCCCGCCUGUCGUCUUUGCCCCAGGGGGCCUACGGGCCGGCGCCCCCUCUCUGCCACACGCCGGCCGCCGCAGCUGCCGCCGAAUUCCAGCCGCCCUACUUCCCGCCACCCUACCCGCAGCCACCACUGCCCUACAGCCAGGCGUCCGACGCCGCCGCAGCCUUUCCCCACCUGGCAGGAGACCCGUACGGCGGCCUGGCGCCCCUGGCGCAGCCUCAGCCUCCUCAGGCCACCUGGGCCGCGCCCCGCGCCGCCGCCCGCGCCCACGAGGAGCCACCAGGCCUGCUGGUACCGCCUGCCCGCGCCCUGGGCCUUGACCCGCGCCGUGACUACGCCGCCGCAGUGCCCCGGCUCCUGCAAGGCCUGGCCGACGGCGCGCACGGCCUGGCAGACGCACCGCUCGGCCUUCCAGGGCUGGCGGCGGCGUCCGGUCUGGAGGACCUGCAGAAGAUGGAUGAUCCUGGAAUGAGCCUCCUAGACCAGUCCGUGAUCAAGAAAGUGCCCAACCCCUCCAAAGCCCGCAGCCUCUCAGCCCUCUCCUUGGCCAAAGACAGCCUGGUAGGCGGCAUCACAAAUCCCAGUGAGGUCUUCUGCUCCGUGCCCGGCCGGCUUUCACUGCUCAGCUCAACGUCCAAGUACAAGGUGACGGUGGGGGAGGUGCAGCGGCGACUCUCUCCUCCUGAGUGCCUCAACGCUUCCCUCCUGGGGGGCGUCCUCCGCAGGGCCAAGUCCAAAAAUGGGGGCCGGUGUUUGCGGGAACGGUUAGAGAAGAUUGGGCUCAACCUGCCGGCUGGCCGUCGCAAGGCUGCCAACGUGACACUGCUGACUUCGUUAGUGGAAGGAGAGGCCGUGCACCUGGCCCGAGACUUUGGUUACGUCUGUGAGACCGAGUUCCCAGCCAAGGCAGCUGCCGAGUACCUGUGCCGACAGCACGCUGACCCUGGGGAGCUGCACAGCCGCAAGAGCAUGCUGCUGGCCGCCAAGCAGAUCUGCAAAGAGUUUGCAGACUUGAUGGCUCAGGACCGCUCACCACUGGGCAACAGCCGCCCAGCACUCAUCCUGGAGCCCGGAGUGCAGAGCUGCUUGACACACUUCAGCCUCAUCACACAUGGCUUCGGUGGGCCUGCCAUCUGUGCUGCCCUCACGGCCUUCCAAAACUACUUGCUGGAGUCACUCAAGGGGCUGGACAAGAUGUUUCUAAGCAGUGUGACCAGUGGGCAUGGUGAAACCAAGGCUUUGGAGAAGGAUCCCAAGCAUCGGAAAUAACUGCUUCUCCCAACCCAUCCCUAUGGGGCUUCCAGGGCAUGAAAUGGGGACUUAGCUCCUGGGGGUGGGCCUGAAAGGACUGAAAGGUGGGAUUCAAGACAGACCAGAAAGAGAACAUUCAUCCAGAGAUCCCGGAGUUGGGGAUCUGGCUUGGAGUAAGGGAGGUGGCCUCUUUGGUGGUGUCUUGGUAAGUUAAGGGCCCAGGUAUUUGUCUCAAGUGUGCAAUUAUCUGAUCUUUGAUGGCUGAGAAGGGUUUGGACAGAAAAUUGACAUGAAAAGGUCUGGCUCAUGGGGCACACAGCCCUUUCUGUUACGUUGCCUGGGUGGCCGUGGGUGCUUCUAGAUGCCAAAGCCUUUGUGUUUGUCCUCCUGUGGCAGGAGGGCAAUUGUUGAUAAAUCAGAGGUGCUACCGAGGAGAUGGUGCCCCUCAUUCCAGAAUCUCCUACCCCCAGAAAAGGGGUGCUGGAAGGAGGCCCCAGUGGACUCUUUGUACCCUUCCUACUCUUGGAGAGAAGUGGGCAGGAGGGGCCCUCGAAGAACAAAGAAGAUAAAGCACAAACUGCAGAACUCGAAUCCAUCCAGGCUGCUCAUCACAGUCCUGUUGCUGUCUGUCCUAUUUAUUUAUGUAUGUUGUAAUUAAAUUUGAAAAUUUAAAA